ACAAUUCUUUUGUGAGGCACCCUAAUGAAGUUGCCGGAAAAAAUUACGUGUCCAGAAAAUUAGGGAAGAACAAAAAAAAAAUAAACAACCCGAAUUUCCCGCAUUUGCAUGGCUCGGCAGCGAAAGGCAUCGAGUCAGUCACAUCCAAACAAGACUGGAGGAGACUCGUCGAAUGUGAGGAAUGGGAAUAGCAGCAGCAGCGGAGCGAGUGCUGCUCAAAUUCCAAAGCCCAAUCAAGCGAAAAAGCGUGUCCUCCUGUCGCGCUGGAGGAUAAUCUUUGGAUGCUGCUGCUUGGGAAUUGCGUGCUACUUUGGCUACUUAGGCUACCUGGAGACUCGGGUGAAUACACCCUUCGAUGACCACAAGAUUGUUCAGAGAUCUGGACUGAAUGACCCUGAACGCUAUUGGGGUUCAUACCGUCCAGGCACGUACUUUGGCAUGAAGACGCGUGAUCCCCAUUCGCUCGUAAUGGGUCUAAUGUGGUACUCCCCCGCAAGAUUGGGCCCCGGAGGUGAUGGUAUUCGGCACUGGUGUGAGCUCAAUGAUCGUAUGGACAAAUAUGGGUGGAUUCAGCACGAUGGCCGUACGUUUGGUGUGCAGGAAAUACAUGAUGGUCCACUGAAGCUGGAGACGUCCUUUGUUAAGUUCCCCGGUGGGCAAUUUGGGGGCGAUUGGACGGCUCGUGUCACGGUGAGCAGUGAAAUGGCCCACAGUGAGGAAGAAAUGUCAAUUAUUUGGUAUACGGCGCUCGAUGAGAAGACUGGAGGGUGGAUUAGUCCCACCUUUUCGGACAUGGUGUCGGGAAUUCGCGGUGAAACUCCCGGACUUGGGGAUUUCUCACUCUCUCUCUACAGUAUGAAUGGAACUGUUCUUGAUGAAUCAUACGUAAGCACCGUUGCUACGAGCCUUCAGUAUCUCCGUGAAACAAUAACAUCCAACUUGCGAAUAUCCCAGAAUACACAUCUCAAGAGGAAGUUCAUCAGUCUUGCUGGAGAAAUGCUCCGGACAAAUACAGGAUCAGUGGUUGAACCGAAUUUUAUUGCUCAUCAGCUCACUGUGAAACUUCCCUUUACGCUUGACAUUGCGUACCAUUCGGAAGGAUCUCCCGGGCCUAAUGUCUCCUCAGAAGGUGGUCCUCCCAUUGGGGAAGCAUACCUGGGGAGUCUCAAUGCAAAACGACGGGAAUUCAGUGAGAGAUUCGAGAGUACAUUCCAUCUCAAGGAAAAAGGGUAUUCCAUGAAGGAGAUUCACUUUGCUGAGGCUGCCCUGAGUAAUAUGCUGGGAGGAAUUGGUUACUUCUACGGAGCUUCACGUGUACAGAGUGUCCAUACGAAAGAACCCGUUCCCUACUGGAAAGCUCCUCUCUACACGGCUGUUCCGUCGCGAUCCUUCUUCCCACGUGGCUUUCUCUGGGAUGAGGGCUUCCACGGGUUACUCAUCUCAACGUGGGACGUUGAUAUUUCCAUCGAUAUUGUAGCACACUGGUUUGCCCUCAUGAAUGUCGAAGGAUGGAUUCCACGGGAACAAAUUUUGGGUGUUGAAGCUCUCGCCAAGGUGCCCGAGGAGUUUGUUACACAACGGAAUACCGAUGCUAAUCCACCGACAAUUCUCAUUGUCCUAAAUCGGAUUCUCACACGAUACGGAGAUGUACUUAAAGCAAAGGGUAGGCUGGCCACUCUUGAUCGUCUCUUCCCACGUCUUCAGGCAUGGUUCACGUGGUUCAACACAACACAGCGUGGAGAUUCCCCAGGGACAUACCGAUGGCGCGGAAGAGCAGAGAAUUCCGUAAGAGAACUCAAUCCAAAAACCCUCACAAGUGGACUUGAUGACUACCCACGGGCAUCACAUCCCAAUGAUAAGGAGCGUCACGUGGAUCUACGGUGCUGGAUUGCAUUUGCUGCCAAAGUUCUCGGUGAUUUGGCCAGAUUGCUGGGCAGGGAUGAUUCAAAGUAUCUCGAGACGUACUACUAUCUCUCUGACAAUUCCCUCCUGAAUGAAUAUCAUCUCUCUCCCUAUACGGAAACAUACUCCGACUGGGGAUUGCAUACGGACUCUGUGGUACUCAAGAGGCCUCAACUGAAGCCACCUGGCGCCCAAGUAAAACCCCAGCAUCCCCCACAGACACAAGAGAUGGUGAGAGUGACACUAAAACCUCCGGAACUUCGGUACAUUGACUCAACAUUCGGCUAUGUGAGUCUCUUCCCGCUUCUUCUGGAAAUUCUCACAGCUGACUCACCCUAUUUGGGAAAGAUGCUACGUGAUAUACGAGAUCCAAAUGGAAUUUGGACAGACUACGGCUUGAGGAGUCUCUCAAAGACAUCCCCGUUGUACAUGAAGAGAAACACCGAGCAUGAUCCACCCUAUUGGCGUGGACAGAUUUGGAUUAAUAUCAAUUACCUAGCCCUGAAGGCACUGCAUCACUACGGAAGUCAACCAGGUGCAUACAGUGAGCUAGCACGGAGUAUCUACUUGGAGUUGAGGCACAAUGUUGUUAGUAAUGUCAUUCGGCAGUACCAACGAUCUGGGUAUCUCUGGGAGCAGUACAAUGAUAAAACGGGCGAAGGAUCCGGAUGUUAUCCUUUCACCGGAUGGACUGCUCUCACCGUUCUCAUCAUGGCAGAGCAAUACUAAAAGUAAAAUGUUGUGGGAGGAGAGAGCAUUCAAAGGAACUUAAAGUGAUCAAGAAGGAAUAAUAGCGUUCAAUUCCGAA